AUGAGUGCUAUUCGAAAUGUCGCCAUUGCAGGGGCAUCCGGAGACUUGGGCGCUCCAAUCCUCAACGAACUCAUACAGUCCAACCUAUUCAACAUCACCGUCCUGACGCGCGCCUCGUCCAGCGCCGAAUUUCCAGACUCCGUUCGGGUCGUCCGCGUGGACUACUCCUCCAUCCCGGACCUGACCGCCGCGCUGGCCGGCCAAGACGCGGUCGUCUCGGUCCUAACCACCGAGGCCAUGGAGCUGCAGCUUGGCCUCAUCGAAGCAUCCACCGCCGCCGGAGUCAAGCGCUUCAUCCCCUCCGAGUUCGGCUCCGACUGCGGAAACCCAAAAGCUUCCCAGCUGCCCGUGUACCAGCCCAAGAUCGCCGUGCAUAAGGCCCUGCAAGAGCGCGCGCGGGCGCACCCGGGUUUCUCGUACACGCUGGUCCGCAACGGCGUGUUCCUGGACUGGGCCAUGAAGCGCAACUUCAUCGUCGACUUUGCGUCCGACACGCCUGCGUUCUUCGACGGCGGCGACCGCCCGUUCAGCACCACGACGCUGGCGACGGUCGGGCAGGCCGUCGUGGGAGUCCUCCGCAACCCUGACGAGACGCGCAACCGAGUGGUCUUUGUCCACGACAUGAUCAUUACGCAGCGCAAGAUACUUAAAGUGGCGCAGACCGUCGCUCCGCAGAGGAAGUGGGAUCCGGUGACUGUCAAGACGACGGACUUGGAGGCUGCCUCGCAGAAGAACUACGACAACGGCGAGUUCGACAUGAAGUCUUCGAUGGGGUUCCUUAUGCGAGCUGUUUUUGGGGAGGGGUAUGGUGGGGAGUUUAAGAACGUCGAUAAUGAGCUGCUCGGCAUCACGGGCAAGACGGAUAACGAUCUGAAGGCCCUGGUUCAGGAAGCGCUGGCUUGA